AUUAUAAGGUUGCCUUUUUUAAAAUCUUAACAAUUUAUUUUGCUUGAAGUUGUCUUGCUUCACUCGGUAUUCAUUUUCAACAUAAGCCUUUUCCAAUAGAAGAGCUGAUUGGAAACAGGUGUGUGGAAAGGUUUCAAGCAAACCGAUGGCUGAAAAAGGGCCUCUCUGCUUUGGUCCCAUUGACAUCGCACACGUUCCAAUUAAGUUUUGGGGGAAAGUACGAGGAAACACAACUUGUUUGGACUCCUCCGCUCCGUGUUCCCACACCAGGGCUUCCCACCAAGUCAUCACGCACCUUCUUUCUUUCUCCUCCUCCUCCUCCUCCUCCUCUCUCUCUCUGUCAGUCCCCCUUCUCCUCCUCCCCCUGUUGUCCAGACACAAACACUUGCCAGCGGAGCGUCUGCAGUGUGCUGCCAGUCUGCGAGCUGGAGAGACACUCACCAGAGGGAUCUUCAAAAACACACUUUUCCCAGCCACUUCUUGGAUUUCUUCUGACUGUGGAUGCACACAGACCUACUUUUGCUCACCCUUUUUUCCUCCGAGGAUCGAUUCAUUUCCAGAGGGAGCCGCGAUGCUUCCAUUCUACCUCUUGACUCUUGCUGCCACCAUCCAAGCCCAGAGCCAGCGGUUGCCCGGCUCCUGCAACUUUGAGUCCGACACCUGCGGAUACACUUCGGAAGCAGACUCAACAAGCUGGAGCCUGAACAGAGAUGGGCACUUUGUUUCAGUGGACGCGGCUAUGAGCGACACCCGGGAGGCCGAGAUAGAUGCAGAUACUGGGCCACAGAGAGAGAUCACCGGCGCCCUGCUGAGUCCGGUCCUGGAGCAGGAGGAGUGGAGCUGCCUGAGGCUCGUCUUCCAGAUCAGCGGGAAGGGAAGCCUGGAAGUCCUGCAGCGCACCGAGGGAAAGAGCUUUGACAAGCCGCUGUGGGGCAGCCAGGCGCCGUCUGACAGCUGGGUCAUCUCAAGCAUGGACCUGCAGAACGGCACCGAGCCGUUCAGGGUCGUUAUCGAAGGUAAACCUGGACGGAGCACUGGGAGCAGCGUGGCCAUCUUUGAGAUCCACAUCAGCUCUGGAUACUGCCUGGAGUGUGAUUUUGAGGGAUCUCACCUGUGUGGAUACAGUAACCGGUGGAAUGCCAAUGUAAACUGGUAUGUGGGAGGAGGCGGGGGCCAGCUGCUUCACAACAACAUACAAAGUGACCACACAUUCAAGACAGGUCACAUGAUGUACGUGGACUCCAUCUACGCCAAAACUUUCAACGAAGUGGCCACACUGGCGUCUCCCAUGACGACGGUGCCGAUGUCCGGGUGCCUGAGUUUUCAGUACCAGCGAAGCGAGAGCAGGUCGAACCUGUUCUCUGUUUACACCAGAGACCAGCUGGGUCAGUACCAGGAGCUGUGGAGGGCAGACAGAGAGACACAGAGCGGCACGCUGGCACAAUGGGCCCCUGCCCAGGUGGACCUGAAGGCACCAUACUCUGUACAGCUGGUCUUUGAGGUGUCCUUUAACAGCCCGAGGGGGGGACGCGUGGCAGUUGAUGACAUUUCCUUUUCUCCAGAGUUUUGCAGCACAGACACUGAGCCGACCUUUGACCCCUCCAUCUCCAGCUGUGACUUUGAGUCAGGUUUCUGCCACUACGUCCAGGACCAGGGGAUUUUGUCGUCGUGGAGUAGAGUGUCUGUGAAGCCCAACAUAUUUAGGAAUGGAGACCACACUACAGGGUCAGGAUAUUUCCUGUUGUCUCAUUCCCAGCUGAGCCGACGCUCUGGUUACGUUACCCGGCUGAUGGGACCAACUCUCCCUGCGAACAUGAAGUACUGCUUGAGAUUCUCCUACUCACUGAGGGGUUUCAACCAGACAGACGAGGCGCUUGCUGUGUAUCUGCAGCAGCAGCAGCAGAGCAGCAGCCAGGAGAAGAUCUGGACUCACGGGGAGAACUCCAGAGGAUUCUGGAUCACAACGGACAUCACCUUCCAGACAUCACAGCCUGGCAGGUUGGUUUUUGUCAGCACCUGCAGGAGUUUCUGGGAAUGCGGCUCUGUGGCUUUGGAUGACAUCAAUGUGAGCCUCGGAGACUGUGAGCUGACAGUGGGUUUGUUGUCAAUGUCUCUGCCAGGACACUGUGACUUUGAGGCAGGCCUGUGCGGCUACGCUCAGGACAAGCAGAGCGACGAUGCGGACUGGCGGUGGAGGAGAGGACCCCCCCCGACCUCGUACACCGGCCCCAGAGGAGACCACACCACGGGACUGGGAUACUACCUGCACAUGGAGGCGUCGCCCAUGCUGCCCGGUCAGAGGGCGCGUCUGCUGUCUCGACCUCUGAGGGGCUCCAAGGGGCCACAGUGCCUGCACUUCUACUACCACAUGUACGGCUCGGGGACGGGUCGGCUCGGCAUUCACCUCCGCGCGGAUGGAGAGGAGCUGUUGCUGUGGCAACUGAGCGGCGAGCAGAGCAUCGCUUGGCUGAGGGCCACGGUGGAGUACCAGAGCGACAGCCAGCAUCAGAUUGUGUUUGAGGCAACCAGGGGCUCAUCAGUUAGGAGCGACAUCGCCAUUGAUGACAUCAUCUUGCAAGGCGGAACUUGCCCCGAAAUGGAGAUCAAAGCCACCGUGGAAACCUCCAAUAAGAUCGAGUAGAAGGCAAGAGGACGUCUGCUGCGUAGGAUGCAUUGAGCCCUCUUGGUUAUUUGUUGCACAUUACAGGCUUUGGACACCUGCGCGUCAAUCAGAACACGCAGGGAUGUGGUUAGAAAUUAUCCUUUCACGUAGUUCUGUAUUCAGUUGUGUUAUAGUCAGCACCUUAGCCAAAGAGAGCGUGUUUAACCGUCUUUCUUCACAUCUUGAUGCAUUAGAUUAAUGCUCAUUGCUCAAAUGAAGCUAGAAGUUUAUCCACCAUUAUUUUUGUUUUUCUCUUCAUUGGUAAAUGCAGAAGUCAAAACCUAACAGCUUAUCAUUUAGUAGACUGCCAAUAAAACGGAAAAGAUGCAUCA